AUGCCAAUCCAGUUAUGGGGGAAAGACCAAAUCAAGGUCGUUUACGAGCGUGUGGCCGGAAACGAUCGCUUUCCUUUUCAAACGGAUCCAUACGAAGAUGAUCACUAUCGACGGUCGGGGCUCCCAGGCCCAUACCAAAGAACAAUCAAGUGGACCAAUCGUCAGUUUUCAAGACUGAGCAAGUUUACGAUUCUCCGCAUUGACUUGGUGCACUGGUCCAUGCUGCUAAUAUUGCUGGCUUCACUUGCUAAGUUCUCGACAAAAUACUCGCAGAUGUACGCACACUCAGCACUAUUGACGACCAUAUACAUCAACGGUCUGUUAUUUGGCAUAUCCGACACUCUGGCUCAAUGCAUCCGCCAAAAUAGGUUCAGGACUCCAGCAUAUCUGCCGCUGGGCGGUGGUUUCAGUUCAGAUCAAAAUGUUGAUGAUCUUGGACUCGAUGACAGCAUAUCGAUUUUCAAUGACUACGGCCCUGUGCCUACAACUGCUUCUCAUGAGGGGCCUGUUGCGUCUGAAGCUUCGAAUCAUUUUGACUUAUAUCGAUGGGCCUGUUUCACGGCUUGGGGUUCUGGUCUGGCUUUUUUUCAAGUACCUUGGUACCGCAUUCUCAACUAUUUCUAUACAGAAGACCCCAGUGUGGUGCAAACAUUGGAGCGAGUAUUAUCGGACCAGCUGGUCUACUCUCCGAUCUCGCUCGUCUGCUUUUUCAUGUAUUCCAAUUAUGUCAUGGAGCGGGGCGACUCUUCUACAUUCAAAACCAAGAUAGAGAAGAUUUAUCUUGGGACAUUGGGGUUCAACUACAUGCUGUGGCCCCCUGUGCAGUUUAUCAAUUUCAUGUUGAUGCCCAAGCAUUUCCAAGUACCUUUCAGUUCCUCAGUUGGUGUUCUGUGGAAUUGUUUCCUAUCCAUGCGCAAUGCGUCAAAUUCGGUCCAGAAAACAUGA